AUGGCGUCUCUCGCACCUCCUCAGUUGCGCGUCGAUACCCGCAAUCCUCGCGGUAAUGACAACGACGACGCGAUAACGCCGUCUCCCAUAUCGACACAUUCAAACCCCUUUCUUACGCCGGCAAUCAGCUCCGCAACAAGUAUGCAUUCGAGCACUACAACAGUCGUGCCCGAAGACCCGGAUACGGCCCUCCGACCCGACCCCGGCACAGAAUCCGACUUCGUCGUCGAUAAUAAUCCAUUUGCAUUUAGCCCUGGGCACCUCAACAAACUUUUAAAUCCUAAAUCAUUGCCUGCGUUUUUGGCACUCGGAGGACUUCGGGGAAUCGAGAAGGGACUGCAAACAGACGUCAAAUCUGGUCUGUCGCAGGAUGAGGCUUCAGUUCGGGGGCAUGUCAGCUUCCUCGAGGCUACUGGCCACAAAGAGCCGACUAUCGCCACCAUAGGCGCUCAGCCAUCAUCUGCGCACCGCGCCGACGGCAAUGGUUUUACCGAUCGCAUCCGAGUUUACGGCAGAAACGUCCUGCCUCCUAAGAAGGCCACGCCGCUUUGGAAGUUGAUGUGGAAUGCUUACAACGACCACGUUAUCAUUUUGCUUACCGUUGCCGCGGUGAUCUCAUUAGCACUUGGUCUUUACGAAACAUUCGGCACUGAGCAUUCGGGUCAAUCUUACGAAUGGAUAGAGGGUGUUGCGAUUAUCGUCGCCAUUUUGAUUGUUACACUUGUCGGGUCACUCAACGACUGGCAGAAGGAACGCGCCUUUGUCCGGCUUAAUGCCAAAAAGGAGGACCGCGAAGUCAAAGUCAUCCGCUCUGGCAAGUCUCACAUGAUCAACGUUGCAGAGGUCCUGGUCGGCGACGUUAUCCAUCUCGAACCUGGUGAUCUCGUCCCUGUGGACGGCAUCUUCAUCAGUGGCCAUGAUUUGAAGUGCGACGAAUCGUCAGCCACCGGCGAGUCUGACGCCCUGAAGAAGACUGGCGGCGAUGCGGUUUUCAAUGCCUUGCAAUCCGGCCAGGCCGUCAAGGAGCUCGACCCUUUCAUCAUCUCCGGAGCCAAGGUCCUUGAAGGCGUGGGAACUUUCGUCUGCACCUCUGUUGGCACCAACUCCAGCUUUGGAAAGAUCAUGAUGUCCGUCCGCACCGAGACUGAGGCGACACCCUUGCAGAAGAAGCUUGAGGGCCUAGCAAUGGCAAUUGCCAAGCUUGGAAGCAGCGCAGCCCUGUUCCUGUUCUUCGUCCUCCUCAUCCGCUUCCUCGCGGGACUGCCUAAUGACUCUCGCCCUGGAGCUGAGAAAGCCUCCUCGUUCAUGGAUAUCUUGAUUGUGGCUAUUACGAUCAUCGUUGUGGCUGUCCCUGAAGGUCUCCCUCUGGCCGUCACACUCGCACUGGCAUUUGCUACCACCCGGCUUCUGAAGGAAAACAACCUCGUUCGUGUUCUCCGGGCAUGCGAGACGAUGGGAAACGCUACGACGAUCUGUUCCGACAAGACGGGAACUCUCACGACGAACAAGAUGACGGUCGUUGCUGGUACCUUUGGAUCUGCUAGCUUCUCCAAGGCUUCCGACGGCGAAAAGACGACGUCUGCUGUCGAGUUCGCCCAGUCCCUCCCUACCGCCACCAAGGAGCUCAUCGUCCAAUCCGUCGCCAUCAACUCCACUGCUUUCGAGGGCGAGGAAGACGGCCAGGCCACUUUCAUCGGUUCCAAGACCGAGACGGCGCUGCUGAACUUCGCAAAGGAUCACCUUGGUAUGCAGGCUUUGGCCGAGACCCGGGCUAACGCGGAGGUUCCGCAGAUGAUGCCCUUCGACUCUGGCAAGAAGUGCAUGGGCGCGGUCAUCAAGUUGCCCGGUGAUGCCGGCUACAGACUGAUUGUCAAGGGCGCUUCCGAGAUUCUCCUGGGAUACUGCUCGCAGAAGCUGGACGUCUCCGAUCUUUCCACUUCGACGUUGGGGCAGUCCGAUCGCCAGUCCCUCGAGGCCACCAUCGAGACCUAUGCCAAGCAGUCUCUUCGUACCAUCGCUCUCAUCUACCAGGACUUCCCCCAAUGGCCUCCCCACGGUGUCAACGCUACCUCUGAGGGUCACGUCGAUCUCGGCGACGUUCUUCAUGACCUCGUCUUCAUCGGAGUCGUCGGUAUCCAAGAUCCGGUCCGUCCUGGCGUGCCUGAAGCUGUCAGAAAGGCGAAGCAUGCUGGUGUCGUCGUUCGCAUGGUUACUGGAGACAACGCCGUCACGGCCCAGGCCAUUGCUACCGAGUGCGGUAUCUUCACAGAGGGCGGUAUCAUCAUGGAGGGUCCCGUCUUCAGAACUCUGACUACUGAAGCGAUGGAUGAGGCCUUGCCCCGUCUGCAAGUCUUGGCCCGAUCCUCCCCUGAGGACAAGCGCAUUUUGGUCACUCGUCUCAAGGCUCUGGGCGAGACCGUCGCUGUGACUGGUGACGGUACUAACGAUGCGCCUGCCCUGAAGGCCGCGGACGUCGGUUUCUCGAUGGGUAUCUCAGGUACUGAGGUGGCUAAGGAGGCUUCCGCCAUUGUGCUCAUGGACGACAACUUCACAUCCAUCGUGACGGCUCUCAAGUGGGGCCGCGCGGUGAACGACGCCGUCCAAAAGUUCCUUCAGUUCCAAAUCACUGUCAACAUCACCGCUGUCCUCCUCGCCUUCAUCACCGCCGUCUCCAGCCCGACGAUGGAAUCCGUCCUCACCGCGGUCCAACUCCUGUGGGUUAAUCUCAUCAUGGACACCUUCGCCGCCCUGGCGCUCGCCACCGACCCCCCUACCGAAAAGAUCCUCGACCGCCUUCCGCAGGGCAAAAAGGCACCUCUAAUCACGAUCAACAUGUGGAAGAUGAUUAUCGGCCAGGCCAUCUUCCAACUCACCGCCACCCUGAUCUUGCACUUUGGCGGAAACGCCAUCUUCGGGUACACCGACGCCAAUGAGGACCAGCAACUGGAAUUGGACUCCAUGAUCUUUAACACCUUCGUGUGGAUGCAGAUCUUCAACGAGUUCAACAACCGUCGCCUCGAUAACAAGUUCAACAUCUUCGAAGGCGUCCACCGCAACGUCUUCUUCAUCGUCAUCAACUGCAUCAUGGUCGGUGCCCAGGUUGCCAUUAUCUACGUUGGUGGCCAGGCUUUCCGCAUCACGCCCGGUGGCAUCAGCGCCGAGCACUGGGGUGUCUCCGUCGUCAUCGCCUCCCUCUCGCUCCCCAUGGCCGUCCUGGUCCGUCUGUUCCCCGACGCCUGGUUCGAGAAGAUUGCGAAGACCGUUGGACGCCCUGUCGUCAUCGUCUACCGCGCUCUGUCCAAGUUCUUCGGCGCCGUCGGCGCCGUCUUCCGUCGCAAGAAGACCACCGACGCGGAGUCCGCUUCCACCGACGAGAACGCCGCGUCUGGCUCUGAAAAGGGCGAGUCCAAGGCCGUCGCUGCUCCCGAGAUCGUCAUCUCCACCCAGCCCGAGGACACCACCAACAACAACACCAGAGACGUCGAGAAGGGACGCUGA